CUACGUUGCUCACUGUUCAUCGGAGAGGGAAGGGAAAACAGCGAACACAAUGGGGGCGGCUUUGGUUGGCUCUCUUUUGGCGCUGUUUCUUGUUCAACAAUCAGAUGCUGCAAAAAUCGCAGAUCCAAAAUGCGAAUGGUUGCACCUAGAGAGUUUCGAGAACAACACAAAUCCAUUAUACCUCACUUAUCCAGGGAAAGAUGUACUGCAGCCGGUGGGCCACCAGCUUGUGCAAAAUGGAAAAAAGCAUUUCAAAUUCUCCGUUCCGCACGACGCAAUGAUCCUCGUAGCCUGUCCUGGGAGCAACGGUGUGUGCAGCAAGAACUCCAAAAAUAUUUCCGAGUUUAGAAGAUAUCGCAGCUUGUUUGUUGCAAUAUGCAACCACGAUAAUAAAAUGAUGCCCCACUUCGAAAACCCAACGAAUCUUGAGUUGGGAGAUUUGAUAUGCUGCGACGAUCUUAAGUUCGACGAACCAAAAUUGACUAGAAGCAGUAUGUGCAGUGAGGGGAAAUCGGACCACUUGACGUUAAUCAAUUUUGGGUUUGAUGUAAUACCGACCGUUUACUCGAUUGAUGAGUACAAAGUUGAGCACGCGUUCAGAUUCACUGCACUGCUCAGCUGCUACGACACGUCGCAGAAACGCGCAUUAUACUCCAUACACAAGUAUAUCCAGUACAAUCUAGGUGUAAAGGGAAAAGGAAUAGGAUACCAAGCGCUUGAUCGGAAACUCUUUGAUUCCGUCUUCAAAAUAGACAAUGAAUAUUUGCCCUACUUAUAUAAAGCUGCUGGUGAGAAAUUUGAUCUUAAUAGAGGUCAUCUGACUCCCGCUGCGGACUUCGCCUUCCCCUGCCUCAGGGAUCAGACUUUCUUCUACCAAAACGCAGCUCCACAGCUCAAAGAAAGAAACAAAGAAUGGGGCAAAGUAGAGGAAUCGAUACGGGAGAAAUACCAAACCGCCGUGAUUGUCACCGGAACAAGUAGGGAGGAAAAUCACGCCAAAUAUCUCCUUAUCCAAACAGAAGGAACAUACAAGCACCAUGUCUUGAUCCCGUAUUUAUUUUGGAAGAUUGUUUUUAUUAGUUACACUGAAAUGAGCAUUUAUAUCCUCCCAAACACAAAGGAGGCUGAAGGGAUGGGAACGUUUAACGAAAUUUUUGGAACUGAGACUACACCAGAGGAUGGAUAUAGUAGCACAGAUGAAAAUAUAAUAAAAAAAUGUCGUGAAGUUAUCCCUGAGAUGGAUCGGGUAUUACGCGAAAUCAAAGUAACUGAAACCCCUGAAGAAUUUUGGGAACGGAUCACAAAAACUCGUCUCCUGGAUAUCAAAAAUUUUAAAAAAGCGGAAAAGCAAAUGAAUGAAUCCUAAAUUUUUUAUCCGCUGUGGGAAUAUCUGCGACUUGUCUUUUGCUUUCUCUAUUAUGUACUAGUUAUCGGAAAUAAUAUAAGUUAUUUAUUUUUGAAGCGGUAAUAUUAUACAUUAUAUCCAAGGCAUAAUUAGUUUCAAAGUGAUCUGUUAUUCUACAAUGCGAUUUUCAUGUGUGCGUUGAUGAAAUUUAAUUUUCCAUGCGUGAUUGUGACGUUUUAACUUAAAUAUAUAGCCUCGUAUUUA